UCCUGCUAAGCACUGAUGUGGUUAAAAUCUCCCAGCCGGAUCCAACACAGUCUAUGGGAGAUUUGGUCACAGCUGCCCCCUCUCAGAAAUGUGGAAUAUUCCUUUCACCGGCUGAGGGAUCUGGGACAUCAGCUGCUUGGUCCCAGCUGACAGUCUACCCUCAGUUGCUGUGCUCCAAGAGCCAGGAAGAAUAAAGGUACCAAGAGUUUAGGAUGGACAAGGGCUUCGCUCCAUCCCCUCACAGGGUCCGCAGAUGUGUUCCAACUCUGGGAAGCUGCUCCAGCCCCAGCCGCAUCCCAGGUUUACCAGUCCGGCCGGUGGGAGGCAGGGGGCAGGCGCCUCUCAGCCCCAAGCUGAGAAAGGAAACCCACUCUGACUCCUUCAGCCAGGACUCCGCAAGGCAGAGUCCACUUGCAAAGGGGAGAGUGAGUGCCAGGCCUAACUCUAGGCUUGCAGGCCCAAGGGAGCUGAGUAGCACUGGGCUGCCCAUCCCAUGCCCUCUUCACCCUUCGUCCAAGUCCCUUCCGUGGACUACUGCCAAUGGUUUAGCACCACGGAAGAUGAGCUCCAUCUCAUUUACCCUCCGCCGGAGUGGCUGUGCACCUCCACCUGACCGGCAACUGCUCCCACCAGCCUCUGCAAGGAGAGAGCUCCACUGUCCACUGGGGAAGGAAGCACCAGGAGGGGAACUGCCCUUGUCGAAUCUGCAGCCAUUACCUGGAGUACAAACCUUGCCCCCAAGAGUGCCUCUUGGUUGUAUGGAGGAGCAAACAAAUAUUGGGCAUGAUGGGCAAAUCAGUGCUGCAUAUCCAGGGUCAGAGAUGCCCACCACAUUGCUUCCCUCAGGUCCAGAUUUCCAGAGAUGCUUGGCCCGUGCUACUCUACUUCCUCCUCUGCCACAUCCCCAAGUCAAGGGGAAACAUCCCAUGAACUCAUCCAUGACAGCAGCUGGUCAAGAGGACCACGUGGCUACCAAGAGAUACAGUGACCCACUUGGCAUGGGAAUUCUCCAAGAGCCACUUGGAUGUGGGAAUACGCCAAGUCCCAUUCCUGAGCUGUGUGCUCAGGGACUGGCUCUGGGGGGCCGACUCUCUGCUGCAGAUACCAUGAUGUCUCCUGUGAUGGACACAGCUGGGCCAGCAUGGUCAGCAGACAACAAGAUUGAGGCAGCUAUGUCUGAGCUGGUGCCGGAGCCCCGGCAAAAACCAGCAGUGCCAAUGAAACCUGUUGGCAUUAACUCCAACCUGCUGGGCUACAUUGGGAUCGACACCAUCAUUGAGCAGAUGCGCAAGAAGACCAUGAAGACGGGCUUUGACUUCAACAUCAUGGUUGUAGGUCAAAGUGGGCUGGGGAAAUCAACACUGGUGAACACCCUCUUCAAAUCCCAAGUUAGCCGCAAGUCUUCAGGCUGGAACCGUGAGGAGAAGAUCCCUAAGACAGUGGAGAUCAAGGCCAUUGGGCAUGUCAUUGAAGAAGGUGGUGUCAAGAUGAAACUGACGGUAAUUGACACCCCAGGGUUUGGUGACCAGAUCAACAAUGAGAAUUGCUGGGAGCCCAUUGAGAAAUACAUCAAUGAGCAAUAUGAAAAAUUCCUGAAAGAGGAAGUGAAUAUUGCAAGGAAGAAACGAAUCCCAGACACGAGAGUCCACUGCUGCCUCUACUUCAUCUCCCCCACGGGUCACUCCUUGCGACCCCUGGACCUAGAGUUCAUGAAACAUCUCAGCAAAGUAGUAAACAUCAUCCCUGUUAUUGCUAAGGCAGACACCAUGACCCUGGAAGAGAAGACUGAGUUCAAACAAAGGGUGCGCAAAGAACUGGAGGUGAAUGGGAUCGAGUUUUACCCCCAGAAAGAGUUUGAUGAGGACCUGGAGGAUAAAACAGAGAAUGACAAAAUCAGGCAGGAAAGCAUGCCGUUUGCAGUGGUGGGCAGCGACAAGGAAUACCAAGUAAAUGGCAAAAGAAUCCUGGGCAGGAAAACCCCCUGGGGCGUCAUUGAAGUGGAAAACCUCAAUCACUGUGAAUUUGCCCUACUUCGAGACUUUGUCAUCAGGACCCACCUCCAAGACCUAAAAGAAGUGACGCACAACAUCCACUAUGAGACCUACAGGGCCAAGCGGCUGAAUGACAAUGGGGGGCUCCCCCCAGUGACCACCGAGACAGAGGAGAACCACGAAAUACAGACAAGGCCUAAGAAGACAUCUGGAAAGAGCCCCCAUAUCCUUUAUGCAGCACCUUCCCAUGCAGCUUCCCAUGUACCCCUGAGCUUAAGAAAGAUAUAGAGCUGCUGAUUUCAGAACAAAUGCCAGUGCAGUGCAGCGGAUCAGUUGGUGAUGCCCAUCAACAAAACAGGUGACUCCACUAUUAAAGCUGGAUGUUCCCAUCCAACAUAUUUCAAUUAAUAGUGGGUGACAAAGCACCCCGGGUUUUCCUUUCUCCCCACUGCCAACCUGAAAAUCAUUUGGUGCAUCCCAAAAUCUGAUGUACCUUAGUACAGAACUCUACAAAGAAGAACGAAAAAUAGCCCCUUAGCAAUCAGGGGACAUCUACUCCCCUUCGAUGUUACUUAUGAAUCUGUAUGGCAGCUCCAGGGCACCAAGACUUGCAGGGCAGAGAGAGAAAAGAAAUAAAUGGUGACUCCUGCCUUGGUUCUGGAAAUACUGUGCCACCAUCAGCCAUUCAAGAUGCACCCACCGGUUUUCAGAAAUCUAGACUCCACUUCUUUCUUUUGGAAGCAAGUGCCGUGGAAGACAGUUCAUUUUACUUGAGAGACGGUAGAGCAAGAAAUGGAAGCAUGAACAAGCAAAUGAAACCGGGUUCCUGGCACUCCUGUACACUGACAGUAUCAUGAUGGAGUCUUCUUGUAUCAGUCCGGUGCAGGCCGAAAAAGAACGAAAUCACACAAACUUGUGGUGUAAAUGUCGCUAGACUUAACUUUCUAUCUGUGUUGUAUGAUUAAACAAAA